AAUUGAAGAGAAAAUGUCACUUUACGAUGACUUGGGGGUUGAGACCAGUGAUUCUAAAACAGAAGGCUGGUCCAAAAACUUCAAACUGCUGCAGUCUCAGUUGCAGGUGAAGAAAGCAGCUCUCACACAAGCAAAGAGUCAGAGAACAAAACAAAGCACAGUCCUUGCUCCAGUGAUUGACCUGAAGCGAGGAGGCUCUUCUGAUGAGAGACAGAUUGUGGACACACCACCUCAUGUAGCAGCUGGCUUAAAGGAUCCUGUACCCAGUGGUUUUUCUGCAGGAGAUGUGUUGAUUCCUUUGGCUGAUGAAUAUGAUCCCAUGUUCCCAAAUGACUAUGAAAAAGUGGUAAAACGUCAAAGAGAGGAACGACAGAGGCAGCGUGAGCUGGAGAGGCAAAAGGAGAUUGAAGAAAGAGAAAAAAGACGUAAAGACAGACAUGAAGCCAGUGGCUUUUCAAGAAGACCAGAUCCAGAUUCUGAUGAAGAUGAAGAUUAUGAAAGGGAGAGACGAAAAAGAAGUAUGGGAGGAGCUGCCAUUGCACCACCCACUUCUCUUGUUGAGAAGGACAAAGAACCUGUAGCAUCAUUUCCAUAUGAAGAGGAGUCGAGACCUCGGCCACCAUCUUCCAAAGCAGCUAUUCCUCCUCCAGCGUAUGAUGAGCCAGAAAGACCUCGUUCCCCCACAGGACCUAGCAACUCUUUCCUUGCUAACAUGGGUGGGACAGUGGCUCAUAAAAUCAUGCAGAAGUAUGGUUUCAGAGAGGGCCAGGGGCUGGGAAAGCAUGAACAAGGGCUGAGCACAGCACUGUCAGUAGAGAAAACAAGCAAGAGGGGUGGCAAGAUCAUUGUUGGCGAUUCUACAGAGAAAGAAACAGGCAAGAAAGCGGAUUCUAACCCAUUGACUGAGAUACUGAAAUGCCCAACUAAAGUGGUCUUACUAAGGAACAUGGUAGGUGCUGGGGAGGUGGAUGAAGAUCUAGAAGUGGAAACUAAGGAGGAAUGCGAGAAGUAUGGCAAGGUUGGGAAAUGUGUCAUCUUUGAGAUUCCUGGUGCCCCUGAUGAUGAAGCUGUAAGAAUAUUCCUCGAGUUUGAACGGGUUGAAUCUGCCAUCAAAGCUGUCGUGGAUCUAAAUGGAAGAUACUUUGGGGGCAGAGUCGUGAAGGCUUGUUUCUACAACCUGGAUAAGUUCCGAGUCCUGGAUCUGGCAGAGCAAGUUUGAUUUUAAAAACCUAGCUCGAGGUGGCACUGUUCUGGCAAUCAUGUUUUCAGCAGUAGGCUGGGAAUAAGGAAGAGCAAAGUAGCUUUCCUAGCAAACUGGAAACAAGCCUCAUUGAAUGGAUUUUUCACAUUCGUUGUGACUUAACAUUUUUCUUUUUGUAAUAUAAAGCCCUUUGAAAGUCAGAUUUCACGUCUGUGUGGUUUUGAAUUGCACAAUUCUGCUUAUUGCUCUGGGGAUCUGGAUUUUUUUUGGAGCUUUCAGACGACGUGGUUCUUUUGAAAACCCACUGCUGAGGAGAUGCUUUGGCUGUAUUCCUGCUUUCCUUGUUCUGGUGCUUCAUCACGG